AAUAAUUUAAAAAAAAAUCAUUUACUGUCUAUUAUUAGUUAUAUUUUUUUUUAAUUAUUAUUAUUGAUUUCAAACAAACAAAUAAUACCCAAAAAAACAUUUCAAUUCAGACAAUCAAUUGAUUGAAUUUUUGUUUAAUUAAAAAUAUUAAAUAAAUUACUAAUCAUAUUAUUUGGGAUCAGUUAACUGGUGAUCGACCAAUCAAUCAGUUUAAGGAUAAUAUGUCAAACACCGAAGUGGACAAAGAGUUAUAUCCUGAGAUGGAUUAUCUGAUGAAUGCCGACGAAAGUGAUGUCCAGUUUCUGAUCGAUGGCCAAACAGUACCGUCGGUCAAGUUGUUGUUAUGUAUGUCGAGUAAAGUAUUUCGGGCAAUGUUUUCGGGUAAUUGGCGAGAAUCGGGUGAAGACAAAGGAGAGACGGAUAGUAAGAUUGAGAUCAAAGACACCACUCCUGAGGCGUUUAAAGUGAUGAUUGGAUUCAUAUAUUCAGAGCGAUUGUUUCUCAACGACGACAAAGAUAUGGAUCACAUCCGUGAUGUACUGAAACUCGCCGACAGAUAUCAAUUGAAACGUUUGAUGACGAGUGUUGGCCAACAUUUGUUGUCAAUGAUAUCAAUGGAUAGAAUUGAACGGAUCGGCCGAUUGGCGUUUGACUAUCAAUUGGUGGAACUGAUUGCCGGAUUGAAGUCAUUUAUUGACCAUAAUUUUCAACAAUUGCGUCAAAAACCGCAGCCAGAGUUGAAUGCCAUUAACAGUGCUGUUAAUAAUCUGUUGUUUGAAAAAUUGUUUGAAAACUUUCCGGCAAUGUUUUUGGUGCCAACGUAUGACAAUGACGGUCAUUAUUAUAGAUAUAAAAUCAAUGGUCAGAUCUAUAGUCGCCAUGAUCUCGGUUAUGGUAAUAUCCGUGAAAUUAAUUAAUUGUAAUCAGUAUUCAAUUACUUGAUAUUAUUUGAUA